GCAACGCUUUCAAAUUUACUUAUUUUCCGGUAAAUUAAAUUCUUGUCACGUGCAUAAAGCUAACACGAACAACAAUUACUGUUGCCUAAUUGUCCGCAUUUAAAUCGAAGUCAAAUAUGCUGAAUACCACUUCUUCUUCGUUGCUUGGGAAACAAAAACAAAUAACCGGCUAAGUCUUUGUCUCACUAAGCUGGGUGCAACCUAAGCAAGCAGCAUAAACAAAAAUUAAAAUAACGUAAAAUAGAAGAAAAUGAAUAGUCAACACAAGGCAAAAAAUGAAAGUGAGAACAAAAUAAAUGAGCAUAAUGAGAAAUACGCUGUCAUACAUAAAGCAUAGCUAGAUAGUGAAAAAGAAAGAAAUAAAAAGAACUCAGCAUCAUAAAAUACACUAUGGGUACACAUUUUAUUUAAUAUAGCUUGCGGCUGCACACUACCCAGAGGACUUUGAUUACACACACAGUUUAUAUGCGAUUCGCUGUAUAAAGCGUAGCAGAUCGAGAUCUUUAAAUAUUGAAGAGUCAGUGGCCAAUAAGCAACACUACUAGAGCAGUCAGCAGUGCGUUAACAGCUAAGAAGAAUUCUGCUACAGCAUUAAGCACAAAAAUCUGACCUAUGGCAGUUGAUUUUUCUGCAUCACUGCACAAAAAUGACUUUGAAGCAUCAAAUGGAAUUGGAAUAAGGCAUUUAAUUAAUGGCGAAAGUCAUCAGUAAAUAAAUAUAUUUACAUACAAGCCGUUCCUGUCUUAAUAUAAACAUCUUGCCCCCACCGCCACGCGCUUGUGUACGAGCAACUACCGUUGAAAAUGUAUGGUUUACUAUUGGAGAAUCUCUCCGAAUAUAUUAAAUCAGUGUACGGCGAAGAGAAAUGGGAAGACAUACGACGUCAGGCUGGUAUCGACUCGCCAUCGUUCAGUGUACAUCAAGUCUACCCGGAGAAUAUGCUGAACAAGUUGGCGAAGAAGGCGCAACAGGUACUCGGCGUCUCCGAGCACGAAUUCAUGGAUCAAAUGGGUGUGUACUUUGUCGGCUUUGUCGGACAAUAUGGUUACGAUCGCGUACUCUCUGUGCUUGGUCGGCAUAUGCGUGACUUCCUUAAUGGUCUCGAUAAUCUGCAUGAAUAUUUAAAAUUCUCAUAUCCACGCAUGCGAGCGCCAUCAUUUAUUUGCGAAAACGAAACGCGGCAGGGUCUCACAUUACACUAUCGCUCAAAGCGGCGCGGCUUCGUCUACUACACAAUGGGGCAAAUACGUGAAGUGGCGCGACAUUUCUACCACAAGGAGAUGCAUAUCGAACUAGUACGCGAAGAGAUACUAUUCGACACCGUACAUGUGACAUUUCAAUUGACAUUUGAUAAUCGUGCAUUUACGCUUGCAUCGCUGGCGAUGACAAGGGAAGAGAAGCAUUUACCUAUCAGUGCACAUGUGCUCUUCGAGAUAUUCCCAUUUUGUAUUGUAUUCGGUGCCGAUAUGGUGGUACGCAGCAUUGGCAAUUCUCUCAUGGUUAUCUUACCCGAUCUACUAGGGCAAAAAAUUACCGCCUGGUUUGACCUGGUGCGUCCAUUAAUUGCCUUCAAAUUCCAAACUAUUUUAAAUCGAACAAAUAACAUUUUUGAAUUGGUCACGGUAGAACCAGUUACCGAUCGCGUCGAUAUUCAACCCUCCACCGAGUUGCUGUUGCACGAUGACGGUUCCGAGCCUGAAAAGACGCUGCGUUUAAAAGGUCAAAUGGUCUACAUGGAGAAUUGGCGUAUGAUCAUGUUUCUUGGUACACCAGUUAUGCCUGAUCUCAACUCACUCAUAACAACGGGCCUUUAUAUUAACGAUUUGUCAAUGCACGACUUCAGCAGAGAUCUCAUGUUGGCCGGCACGCAGCAGUCAGUCGAACUCAAAUUAGCGCUCGAUCAGGAACAACAAAAGUCAAAGAAACUGGAAGAGUCUAUGCGCAAACUGGACGAAGAAAUGAGACGUACAGAUGAGUUGCUUUACCAAAUGAUACCUAAGCAGGUGGCUGAUCGUUUGAGACGCGGAGAGAAUCCUAUUGACACGUGUGAGAUGUUCGACUGUGUUUCUAUACUUUUCGCUGAUGUUGUUACAUUCACCGAAAUCUGCAGUCGCAUCACACCCAUGGAGGUGGUUUCCAUGUUAAAUGCUAUGUAUUCUAUAUUCGACACGCUAACCGAAAGAAAUAAUGUCUACAAAGUAGAAACAAUUGGUGAUGCCUACAUGGUUGUGUCGGGUGCGCCAGAAAAGUCUGUCAAUCAUGCGGAUAAAGUUUGUGAUAUGGCCUUAGAUAUGGUGGAUGCCAUCACUGAUCUGAAAGAUCCAUCAACGGGUCAGCAUUUGCGCAUACGUGUCGGUGUGCAUUCCGGUGCAGUGGUUGCGGGUAUUGUUGGCUUAAAAAUGCCGCGAUAUUGUCUCUUUGGUGAUUCGGUGAAUACGGCAUCACGUAUGGAAUCCACGGGCUCUGCAAUGAAAGUUCACGUCUCCGAGCCGGCGAAAAAAUUUCUUAGCCCUUAUUAUAAGCUAACGGAACGCGGUGAAAUCGAUGUCAAAGGGAAGGGUCCAAUGAAGACAUACUGGUUGGAAGAGCGUGAAAAUCGGAAAUCAUUAGAAUUGCCACCCGAACUUUUCCACCCAAUUUCAACGUUUACAGCACCAACAGUAACUGCUGCGACCUCAAUUCCGUCUGCAGCAGUCUUCACAUCCGACCGUCGUUUGAGUGUUUCGCAAACUUUAAAAGCAAUUAUGCCAGCUGCUGCUCAACCGGUUAUUGGUUCGGUGGAGCGUAUGCAGUUGGCUAAUGCUACAAGUGCUAUGAUCAAUUCAAUGGAUGCAGCGAGCGCGGCAAGUACGACGUCACCACCACAGACCAGCGCUGGUAAGGAACGUGGUCGUAUUUACUCACCUGUAACCUUCACAGAUAUAGCGCGACGCAGCAUAGCAAAUUCACCGGUACGCAAUUCAUUUGGUAGCAAUGAGUGUGGUCGUGAAUCGCGCUCCAAUUCUAUGGGUCAUGUUUUUAUGCGUACACCCAGCGACAUUUUCGGUUCGCUCAUAUUGGAUACUGAAGAAUUUUUAGAAGAUUUGCAAUACUCACGCAGUUCAUUGGUCAAUAGUGGCACCACCUCAUCGCUUUGUCCAUAUAGUCCAGCACCUACUUUUCGCAUAGGUAGCGCACCGUCCAAACCACGACCAAAUAAUCCGGAUCAAUUUACACCCGAAGAGUUGGCUGCUAUGGAUCAGAUUACCCCACCGUCGACAGCACCGCCACGAGAAACUGUCACCUGCAAAGUGGCACCAACCACAUCGUCAGCGUCGUUGGAAAAAUCAAAGGCUAGAAAAAUCACAUUUUCACGUAGCCUAACUAUAUCACAAGAACCAGCUAUUUCGCCAAAGCAGCAUUUAAAACAGCAAAAAUCUCAGGCAACCAAUAUUUUAAACUCUUCUGUGGCCUCUAUACCAGUGCCGAUCAUACCUAAGGCCACUGCAGUUACAAUGCCGACAACGUCAACCGCAAAGACCAAGAUGACAAACAACGACAUAUCAUUCGGCAGCAGUCGUACAUCAUCACGAGAAUCGCUGUCACCGUGUUCGCCACCGAUUCGUUCUAAUUCGGCUCCACUACCUAUGUCCAAAGCAGCACGUAAAGCGUUUCUCGCCGCGAAACAAACAAAAGCUAUUGAAAAGCUGGAUCGCAUGAUUGAGGAAGCUAAUGAAGUUGAUGUGCAAAGCAAGCGCGCUAAUAUGCGGCGUAUGGCUGCCUUUCGUGAUGAAGGUGGCGGUGAUGGGGGUGGUGGUUGUCCGCUAUUUUUGCCACCACCGCCAGGCCCGCAAAUGACCAACUCUUUAUCAGAUUCAGGAUUGGCGCAUCAUGGACAUAACCACAAUUACUCGCAAAUGCACUAUGCUACUUGUCACCAUGCACACGAGCCGAAGAUGUCAAACAGUCACAGUUUCAGUCAUACUCGUGCUACUGCGCAUCAAUGUUGUACCGGCUAUAAUCACUCAAAUGGGCGGCAUAGAAUGCAUUCCAAUGCUUGUCAAUUAUUGUAAAGACCAAAGAUAAUCGAAUAUACACAAUAUUACGCUAAUAUCUCAACGUUACUAUUGUAGUUAUCACUAACAGAGUAAAUAAAUAAUAGACAUAGGUAUGAUGGAAAAUAGGUACGAGACAUGAUGAUGUUAAUAUACAGCGGAUAUUUGCAAAUUUACUGAGAACCGAUUAACUAUACUAACGUCACUAAUUAAUGCCUCUCUAUGCCUGUAUUUAUAAGGGUUAAUGAUGGUGCUAAAUGGGUAUUCUA